UCUGAAGCAUUUGAAGCCUUCAGCUCGCCCAUGGCGAGUGACUCGAGUGACAACAGAAACCAUUGGACUAUAAAUGUUUUGUUGCCCACUGGCCGUUGUGAAGCUGUGAGACUCCCUGGAUCUGCCAGCGUCGGUGAGCUACUUGUUCAACUGGUGGCGUCAGGCGCUGUGACAGGCCAUGCCCUCCGGCUGGCACGUGCUGGGGCCAAUUUGGAUCCUGCAGCUUCGUUGGAAUCGGCUGGGCUUGGAGAUGGGGACACUGUGAGCGGAGCCAAAACCUCGACAGCUUUGCAUGGAGCAGUCAGCUUCGAAGUGGUGUUGCCAAGCGGCCGUUCUGCAAAGCUAAAGGCCAACCAAGAGGGCAGCAUUGAGCAAGUAAGACAGGAAGCACAAAAAAUCCUCGGAGAAGCUUUCCUGAAGUUGGUGACAGAUGGAGGGCUGCCUUUGGAUUCUUUGGAUCCCAAGCUUCCUCUUUACACUGCAGGUCUCAAGGAUGAUGACAGCCUCACUGCGAUUGCACAGCCUGUUCGGCUUGCUGCUUCAUCUCGUGCUUUUGCCUUUUGGCCUCUUGGUGGUCAGGUUGUGACUUGGGGAGACCCAAAGAUGGGUGGCGACACGGGCAGUGUCCGCGACCAGCUGAGAUGUGUGCAGCAGGUUGAGGCCAAUCGGCACGCUUUUGCAGCUAUUCGAACUGAUGGCUCUGUUGCCACCUGGGGCAAUAAAUCCUCUGGUGGAGACAGCAGUCGGGUUCAGGAUCAGUUGAAGGAAGUGGUACAAAUCUGUGCAGUGGAUGAUGGUGCAUUUGCUGCUCUUCUGGCAGAUGGGCAUGUGGUGACCUGGGGUCAGCCAUCCUUUGGUGGUGACAGCAGUUCAGUCCAGGACCAACUCAAAGAAGUGAAAGAGAUUCGCGCGACUGCGCAGGCCUGUGCCGCGAUUCGGGCCGAUGGCACUUUGAUUACAUGGGGCCAUUUGGAUGCAGGACGUGACAUCAGACAAGUGCAGGGUAAGCUCGUCCAAGUGCAGCAAGUGUGUGGUUCUCAGCGGGCGUUUGCUGCCAUUGUCAAGGAUGGAGAUGUGGUGACAUGGGGCAAGGAAGACGUAGACUUUGGUGCUGACAGUGGGUCAGUUCAAGACCAGCUGAAGCAGGUUAGGCAGCUUACUUCCUCCUUGCGCGCGUUUUGUGCCAUCAAGGCCGAUGGGUCUGUUGUGACCUGGGGCGAUCCGGCAUGGGGAGGUGACAGCAGCAAGGUCCAAGACCAGCUGAGAGAUGUGCAACGCGUCACCGCCAGCAGCCGUGCCUUUGCUGCAUUGCUGAAAAAUGGGACUGUUGUGACUUGGGGCGAUGCCAAGUGUGGUGGUGACAGCAGCCAGGUGUCUGAUCGCCUCAGAAAUGUGCAACAGUUACAUUCUACAAAUGGAGCUUUUGUGGCCCUGCUGGCUGAUGGCUCAGUGGUCACCUGGGGUGAUCCUGCCGUUGGCGGGCAACUGCCCCAAGAAUAUGAGCCAAUGCAGGUGCAAGAGCUGACAGCAUCGAUGGACUCAUUCGCAGCAGUGUUGGCCACAGGUGCAGUCAUUUCCUGGGGGAAGGAGGCUAUGAAAGUAGACAUCCAUGACAUCCCCUAGCCAGAGACAGCCUCGCCACUUUUCAAAAGACCAACCAAAUCCAACCAACGUGUUAUGACGUGCUGGUCGGGACAACAGGAACGAUGGGACGAUGACCAUGGACAACCCUUGCCCAAAGGAAUGGCAGUUUCACACAGUCCAUGAUUCAUGCUUGUCCGUGCAGUUUCACGCUUUGGCAAGAAAAGCAGUGAAGCAUGUAUAGCGCAAAGCCAACUCAUUGCAGCCA